GAGCGGCGCGCCGCCCGUGUACCCGGUGCUGUGCCCGCCCGCGCUGGCCGACGGCGGCUUCGCGGGCGCCAACCCGUGCCUGGGCCACAUCGACUUCCAGGAGCUGCGCAUGAUGCUGCUGAGCGAGGCGGGCGCGCCCCCCGCCGCCGCCGCCGCCGCCGAGAAGACGCCGGGCGCCGACGGCCCCCCGGGCGCCCCCCGGCCCAAGGCGCCCGACGGCGCGGGCAAGGAGAAGGCGGCGGCCGGGGAGGGCGCGCCCGAGGCGCGGGCCAAGUCGGCCGUGCGCGUCCGCCUGGAGGACCGCUUCAACAGCAUCCCCGCCGACCCCCCGCCCGCCCCGCGCGGCGCCGAGUCCCCCGAGCCGGGCGUGGCGCUCAACAAUUUGGUAACUCUUAUUCGACAUCCAUCCGAAUUAAUGAAUGUUCCUCUUCAUCAGCAACAGAACAAAUGUACAACGUUAGUGAAAAAUAAAACUGCUGCUGCGACGGCCGCUUUGCAGUUUACGUACCCGCUCUUUCCCACAAACACCUGCUCUACCGGCGCAAGCACUAAUCUCUCGCAAGCACAGAGUUCUAGUAACUCAUGUUCUAUACUUGAAACUGCCAAGCAUCAGGAUAUUGGAUUGCCUAGAGCAUUUUCUUUCUGUUAUCAGCAAGAAAUUGAAUCCACUAAACAGACUUUAGGUAGUAGAAACAAAGCUUUGCCUGAGCAGGUUUGGAUUAAAGUGGGAGAAGAAGCGCUAUGUAAACAAGCAAUAAAUAAGAGGAAUCGGAGUAGAGUCCGUCAGCUGGACACGAAUGUGGAACGAAGAGCCCUUGGAGAGAUUCAGAACGUGGGCGAAGGCUCCACAGCUGCACAGGGCACCUGGCAAUCGGCGGAGUCCGCGCAGUCCAGCCUCGGAGAGCAGAGCCAGAGUGGGCCCCAGGGAGGACGGUCCCAGCGCAGGGAGAGGCACAACCGCAUGGAGAGAGAUAGAAGGCGCAGAAUCCGCAUUUGUUGUGACGAGCUGAAUCUCUUAGUCCCGUUCUGCAAUGCUGAGACUGACAAGGCAACGACUCUUCAGUGGACCACAGCGUUCCUGAAAUACAUUCAGGAGCGCCACGGAGAUUCUCUUAAAAAGGAGCCAUCCCCAGGCAGCGAGCUGGCUCCCGCCAGGAGUGAAUGCUUGCUGUGAGUGAGCCCUGCCCACCCCUUCCUUGCUGGUUCAAAUGAGAGGACGGAGGCGUUCGCGGCCUUGGCUUCAGUGCUCUGCCUUGCGGCGGCCUCCGCUCUAGGUACUGGCCUCAGAAUUCUGGGGGUCAGGGUGAGUGGCGAGGAGGCUUAGUGAAGUGAGCCCAGAGCAUCCUGAUUUGUUCCUUGUCCGCAGCUGUUGUGUAGCCGCUGCUGUUGACGGCAGCACCAGUCUGAUCAGAGGACUGAGCUGAGGGUGGCCCCACAAACGUGAAACCUUUUUAGAAAGAGCCUCUGCAUCCAGAUCCGGGAAGGGCCUGAGAGAGCUCCUCCCGAAGGGCC